GAAACAGUUGCCUCGCCAUAUUUGCUGUCAACUCGUUCUUUCGUUCUUUCUCGGGUUGUCGUAAACGUCAACAACACGCACGCUGCUGACUUGGAUCAAAUUAUCCAUUUUCACGGCCAAAUCUUAGCGUAAAGAUGCCGCAGGAAAUCAAAGAAGUGAAGGACUUCCUCAUCAAGGCCCGCAGGAAGGAUGCCCGCGCGGUCAAGAUAAAGAAGAACGAGACGAACACCAAGUUUAAGAUCCGCUGCUCCCGAUACCUGUACACGCUAGUCGUGAAAGACAAGGAGAAGGCCGAUAAGCUGAAGCAAUCGCUGCCACCGGGCCUGCAAGUCAAAGAAGUGAAGUGAAGUGGUUACACGAUGCGGCUUGCCUCCUAAUGCACGAAGCCCGGGAUGUUCUUUGGGUUUGGUCGACGGACCGGCAUGGCUAGGACGCGGUCGAUAUGUAAUGGCCGAUUUGUUCACGUAGUCGCUAGUUUGCGGUAAGGGGCCGGUCGAGUACGAGCGAUUCCCGUCGGUUGUUCCGGGGGUGCCGGCGAAUAAAGAUUAUGUGUCGAAAUCGUA